AUGGGGAUAGCGAAGAUCUUGAGGGUAGCUGCAGCGGAUAACUUGAACGGAGAACGAGUUAGCAAAUCUCCAGGAAGAGUCAAGAUGGGCGUGAAGAACUUGGCCAAGCAUCUGUGCGCCGUACUUUUCGUCCCAAAUAUAACUCAAGAGAAUGGAGGAAUGACUGUGGAGAUGCUAGCGAUCUUUGUGCUUCCUGGUCGUUCUUCUGGAAAUCGAGAGGAAGAGAAAAUAAAGGUAAAAGGUGACCCUAGUUGGAGGGCUCGUGAGAUUUGCGAAAAAGCGUUGCGUCAAUCACUGUGUGCUGAAAAGAAAGAAGCAAAAUUGAUGAGGGUGUAUAUGUUGUACAAGAAUCCAACCACUCCCAAUAACCCCUCCCUCGCUCCCUCCCUCCCUCCCUGCCUCCUUUCCCUGAUGUCGAAAAGGCGACCACACAAUGAACCGUUUGCCGCAACCCAAGCACGCACGCACCCGUCGAAGAGCCCUUCUCAUCCGUAUGCCAUGGGAGGCCCUAUCAGACCAGUUAGAAAGGGGACCGAAGCCCAUCAGAUGAAUGACUUACCGAAGUACAAAAAAUUGUACUUCACUGCUGCCCACCUCACUGCUGCCCACCUCACUCGUGAAGUAGCCUGGGAGUCAGGCCCCUUAGGGAGCCCCGGGUUUCCAGGUGCUCAACCCAGGAGCCCGACUCCGUGGUCUGGUUGUGUCGGAUGGGACACAACCACCACAGCUGGGAGACGCGUUAGCCAGAAAUUGUGA